AACUAAACUGCCUACACAAAGCACCUAAACUGAAGUUACUCUCUCUCUCUCUACUUUCCCGUUCCCACGCUGCCGCCGGAGAAAACUCUGCUUUCACGAGUAUUCUUUCUCUUCUCAAGCAUCUCGAUCUCUAUUACCCGCACUACCACGCAAUUUUCUGUUUCAAUUUGCUAACAAUUUCCACUUAAUUCGAGUUUUUGCUGCUCGUACGAUCCAAAAAUUUGCUUCACCCUGUCGAUGGAUCGCGCUGGGUUUCAAUGGGAGAAACGAUGAUACAUAUCGCGAAGAGCUUGUUGAUGUCCUGCUUUUUCUUCCGUGCUUGAAAUGGUGGAGAAAUUUGGCUGAACAGGAGAGGAAGCCUCAUGAAGCAGAAGGUUGGGCAGCGGAAGGCGCUCUUCAAAUGGAAAAGGAAGCUCGCUCUUGCUCUAUUGCUUGUAUUUUGCUUUGGGAGCUUAGUUAUAAUGCAGUCUCAGUAUGGUCGGGUUAUGAUGUUGGCGUCGUUGCGUCCUCAAGCGGUGCAGGAACCAAAAAUCGCGUUUCUGUUCAUAGCUCGGAACCGGCUUCCAUUGGACAUAGUUUGGGAUGCGUUUUUUCAGCAGGAAGGGGAGAAUAAGUUUUCGAUCUUCGUUCAUUCGAGACCAGGAUUUUUGUUUAACAAGGCGACGACAAGAUCGAUCUAUUUUUUGAAUCGUCAAGUUAACGGUAGUAUACAGGUAGACUGGGGCGAGGCAAGUAUGAUUGAGGCAGAACGUAUCUUGCUUAGACAUGCACUUACCGAUACUUCAAAUCAACGAUUUAUUUUUCUUUCUGACAGCUGCAUACCAUUAUACAACUUCAGCUACACAUAUGACUACGUCAUGUCUACUUCAACUAGUUUUGUGGACAGUUUUGCUGAUACAAAAGAAGGGCGUUACAAUCCUAAAAUGGAUCCGGUAAUUCCUGUUCGCAACUGGAGAAAAGGGUCUCAGUGGGUUGUAUUGACUAGGAAGCAUGCAGAGGUUGUAGUGAAGGACAAUACAGUCUUUCCAAUGUUUCAACAGCAUUGCAAGAGGAAAUCACUACCAGAGUUUUGGCGGGAUCACCCAUUUCCUAGCGAUGGAUCCAAGGAACACAAUUGCAUACCUGAUGAACAUUAUGUUCAGACUUUAUUGGCCCAAGAAGGGCUUGAAGAAGAACUCACACGAAGAUCACUUACAUAUUCAGCAUGGGAUCUCUCACACUCCAGAGACCAUGAACGUCGUAAUUGGCAUCCUGUAACAUACAAAUUUUCAGAUGCUACUCUUGAUCUUAUACAAUCUAUAAAGGGUAUUGAUAAUAUCUACUACGAAACUGAAUAUCGAAGAGAAUGGUGCACCAGUAAGGGAAAACCAUCCACAUGUUUCCUUUUUGCGAGGAAGUUCACCCGUCCCGCUGCCCUCCGCCUUCUUAAUAUGUCUGCGCAGGUAGUAAAGCCUCAGUAACAUUUGUAAAGGCACCAAGUCUCAGUCAGGAACCCGCUACAAUUAUGCAGAAAAUACAAACUCCCUGUAGAUAAAGGGAAAGGCUGGCAUUAGCAGUCGCGCUGAAUAAUUUCUCGAUAUAGAGGUGUGUGUUUACAAUUACCAUGGUGUAUAUUGUCAAUUUUUUUUAUACAGAAAAUAAAUGAGAGUGAUAGAGAAUUGUUUUUAUUCACUUUGUUGUGCAUGGAACUAACUUCUAGAGAACUAAGAGCAGUAGGAGUUUAGGAUGACCCAAAAUCAGGAAUUCUGUUUUCUGAACAUUAAGAGUUUGAAACUAUAAUGUGAUGUAUAGUUUAUUAGAUAUCUAUGUCCAUUGGAUUCAAGCUAUGGUUUGAUUU